AUCACAGACUCCAGACUCCCGAGUGGGAAAUCGGCCCGAAGUCUCGUCUCAGCAGUGUAUGAUUGUCUGACUCUGAGCGAGGCCGAGCACCUAGCCGGGCAGUAAGGAAGCCAAGGCCCAGAACUCUCUGGUGGUUUCUGCCAUUCUCGGAGAUCUGCCACGCUCAGUUCUCAGCUGGCCGCUAACAAUAUGGCUUCAAGUGGGAGGCUGUCUGCAACCAUCGGCCUCGGCCUUCUCGCUGUACUCCUAACAGCCAGCUGCAGCUUUCAGAAAGCAAAUGCACAGGCGAGCAAACCCUCAUUCAACUACACUCAGGGGGGUGCAGAUUGGGGAAGCCUCUGCGUGAAUGGAUCGUUUCAAUCUCCUAUCAACGUUCGCACGGCCCGGGCCACUGUGAACGGCACCAUUGGGCCUGACUCCUCCUUUGUGCUUCAGUACGAGCGACUCAGCAAUUACACCAUCGUAAACAAGGGGCAGACCAUUGAGUUUGAAGGUGGUGAGAACAACAACCUCACACUUCCAACCGCCAUCUACAAGCCAACCAAUGGCACCUCCAAGCUUCACCUCUUGCAAUCUCACUUCCACGAGCCUAGUGAGCACCUGAGGGAGGGGGUCGCGUAUCCCUUGGAGCAGCACUUCGUGCACAACGACGCCGCUACUGGUCGGUUCGCUGUGCUGGCAGUCUUCUACAAGAUUGAUGACGAAGAAGUCCCCAACCCGUUCCUGAGCCAGAUCCUCAACUACGCCCCUGGCGGCUACAACAACAAGACUGUGGUGACUAACCAGACGAUCGACCUGCCUGCCUGGAUUCCCAUCAACAGCAACUACUUCCACUACAACGGUAGCCUUACCACCCCUCCCUGCACGGAGGGUAUCAUGUGGUUCGUCCUGGACACACCUCUGACCAUGUCAUCUGCUCAGCUUACACAAUAUCAGAGGCUGACGUUCUUGGGCGGAGGCGAUCGCGGGGACAACCGCCCCCUUCAGAGGGUGGGAACGCGCGAGCUGCAGCACUGGAUCAAGUGAGCAAGCCCGACUGGAGAGAGAGGGGCAACUUCGCUGGGACCUUCUUUAGCUGGUUUGCCCGACCGGAAUGGUCGACGAAGGUAGCACCCAAAGCGCCUGCACAACCAUGGCCGCUGUUCUGCAUCGAGUCCCUCGCGUUAGUAACGCGUCAGUCACAUUGGCCGACGUUCUGAUAGCACAAAAUUAGAGCCUCUUCUGUGGUAUCCACCUCAGCUGCUUUUGGUUUUGGCUUUGAGAGUUUUGAGUUUGUAAGAAUCCCAAGAAUAACGAGUUGAGCCUCGGCUGGAAGGCGGCCCUAGUAGUCUAGUAGGUUUGGCAUUCCUAGAGACCAAUGGGUUGCGAACUACUAGGAUCACCGGCCGCAAAGUUAGUCUCCCUCCAGGGUACGCGGAAAGCUGCCUGGUCGUAUUAUGUCGCAUCGCAAACAUCUACGUACGAAAGCGUACACAUGAGCUUGCAGGCUCAAACCGCGUCGCUAGUAGGUUUGGGCAGUUCUUGCAUACUUUCGCGAUCAAGAGGAUGGAUGAUUUGUUGUUGCAUUUGCUUCUUCACCGGUGUGUCAAGUAG